AUGACAACAGAUUCUCACAUUUUCUGGAAGUUUAGAAGUCAAUCGAGGUCUCCAACGACGGUGUUAAAAGAAGGUCGUUUUGGAAUGGAAUGUUUUGGCGCUGUUGUUGUCUAUCUGGGAUGGGCCCUCACCGUUCGUCCCACUGAAGAACCACCCACUGAAGAACCAACCACUAGAGAACCACCCACUGAAGAACCACCCACUGAAGAACCAACCACUAGAGAACCACCCACUGAAGAACCACCCACUGAAGAACCACCCACUGAAGAACCACCCACUGAAGAACCACCCACUGAAGAACCACCCACUGGAGAACCCCCCACUGUAGAACCACCCACUGGAGAACCACCCACUGAAGAACCACCCACUGGAGAACCCCCCACUGUAGAACCACCCACUGGAGAACCACCCACUGGAGAACCACCCACUGAAGAACCACCCACUGGAGAACCCCCCACUGUAGAACCACCCACUGGAGAACCACCCACUGAAGAACCACCCACUGAAGAACCACCCACUGAAGAACCACCCACUGAAGAACCACCCACUGAAGAACCCCCACUGAAGAACCACCCACUGGAGAACCACCCACUGAACAUUUCACCCACUGAAGAACCACCCACUAACCCCACUGAAGAACCACCCACUGAAGAACCACCCACUGGAGAACCACCCACUGAAGAACCACCCACUGUAGAACCACCCACUAGAGAACCACCCACUGGAGAACCCCCCACUGUGGAACCACCCACUGGAGAACCACCCACUGAAGAACCACCCACUGGAGAACCCCCCACUGAAGAACCACCCACUGAAGAACCCCCCACUGAAGAACCCCCCACUGAAGAACCCCCCACUGUAGAACUACCCACUGAAGAACCACCCACUGAAGAACCCCCACUGAAGAACCACCCACUGGAGAACCACCCACUGAACAUUUCACCCACUGAAGAACCACCCACUGUAGAACCACCCACUAACCCCACUGAAGAACCACCCACUGAAGAACCACCCACUGUAGAACCACCCACUGAAGAACCACCCACUGAAGAACCACCCACUGGAGAACCACCCACUGGAGAACCACCCACUGAAGAACCACCCACUGGAGAACCACCCACUGAAGAACUACCCACUGGAGAACCACCCACUGGAGAACCACCCACUGUAGAACCCACCCACUGA